CACACAAUCACUUCAAAAACCAAUUAAGCCAGGAGAGAGUCACGUGAAAUGUUCACUCGAUUUCUCAAUUUUGCUUGGUUUACACAUCGCUUGCAGAAAUGAAGAAUUUAAUUGCAUUUCUUGGCUGUUCAAUUGUCAUUCUACUUGGCGUUGUGGAAAGCCUUGUCGUCCUUGAUGUCCCAUAUGGUGAACAUGAGGAUCAAAUCCUGCAUUUGCAUAUCCCCGAUGAUGAUUCCAUUCGGUUGAACAAAAUACUUAUAAUGCUUCACGGCGGAGCGUGGUGGAUGGGACGGAAAGAGGAUUUGAAUCCGCAUGUUGCAGUUAUUCGCGAAAAAUUGCCCGAUUAUGCCAUUGCUAAUAUGAAUUAUCAACUAGGAUCCGCGGAAAGCCCAAGAUUUCCAAAACAGCUGGAUGAUAUUAAGGCGGUAAUUGCAUUUUUGAAGUCCAGCUUUACUUCCGAUCUUUCUAUCGCUGUGUUCGGAAAUUCAGCGGGCGCCUUGUUAGCAUUGCUAUACAGUUACCGAUGGGACGAGGCCAGUCGUGACGUCAAAGCUGUCAUAUCGCAUGUUGGGCCAGUCGACUUAAUGGUUGAUUUCUACUGCAAAAAUUUAUCGCGUACCCAUUCAUUGUCCAAUUGCUAGGACCCGACACCUGCCAAGAAAAUCCAGCACUUUGGAAUGAGACAAGUCCUAUCACCUUUGUGGAUGAGAGGUCUCCUCCAACCGUCGGGUUUUAUGGCAGUUUGGACGUUCUUGUUCCAUUUGGGCAGAUGGCAAGUCUGCAAGAAAAGUUGGAUUCUGUAGGAGUACCAAAUGCAUUCGCCAGAUAUCCAAUAGGUCAUACUGAUUGGCCGGAUGCGCAUGUGCAAGAUAUGUUUACUAUAAUGGCUGAUUUCCUUACUAGUUAUUUGUAGGACUGAUCGCUGUAUGAAAACAAUGAGGUUUAACUUAUGAAAAAAUGCUUAUGGGGAUGGACAAUUAAAUUUAUUCAAUUGAUACCAAGCUAUACUAAAAUAAAUCAUCAUCUAAAAAUGUACAUUUUAUGUGCCUAAUGGCACUAUUCUUACUUAAUUGCAACUCUUUCCACACAAAAUUAAAAAAAUAUAAUGGAUUGUAUUAAACACAACCCAUUAUUAACAAAAUUUUGCAUACUUUACAAAAAUCCGUAUUAGCAAUAGUACCUACAACGAAUCCAUCUUAUCGGAA